CAUGUUAAAACUCAAAUUCCCACAAGCCACGUGGACACAGCUGCGUGCAAAGACGUAGUCCGGAACUGCUCGCGGGCCAAACAAACAGCUGAAUAAUACGUUCUUCAUCGUUCAGGUCGACUGAUGCAGAGGUCUGUUGUCGGGGACCGGCUGUGUGUGUAGGUGAGCAUGGUGUAGACUGGCACUGAGGUCAGUUCAGUGUUGUAAUGGCGCCUGUUCAUGCUGCCUGCGCUUUGUUAAGCCUCGCACCCCUGUUGGUGCUUGGUGUUCCUCCCAUUUGGACCCAGCCAGAGCAGGUGCACCUCUCAUAUCCAGGAGUACCAGGUUCUAUGGUGGUGACCUGGACCACCUUCAAUAAGACGGAGACCAAGGUGGAGUACGGCCUUCUGGGGGGUCGGCCCUUUGAGAUGAGCGCCAAAGGUGACGUAACUCUGUUUGUGGACUCAGGAGUGGAGAAGAGGAAGAUGUUCAUCCACAGAGUCACUCUGAAAGGCCUCAAACCUGCUGCUACUUAUGUCUACCACUGUGGGAGUGAUGACGGUUGGAGCGACAUGUUCACCUUCACUGCUCUGAAUGACAGCACUAGUUUCGGUCCCAGGUUUGCUCUGUAUGGUGACCUGGGUAACGAGAACCCUCAGUCUCUGGCCCGACUGCAAAAGGAGACGCAGCUCGGCAUGUACGAUGUCAUCCUGCACAUAGGGGACUUUGCCUACGACAUGCACGAGGACAAUGCCAGGAUUGGAGAUGAGUUCAUGAGGCAGAUCCAGUCUAUAGCAGCCUACGUGCCCUACAUGACCUGUCCAGGCAACCACGAGGCCACGUACAACUUCUCCAACUACAGGAAUCGCUUCAGCAUGCCAGGCCAGACUGAGAGCCUGUGGUACAGCUGGAACCUGGGGUCAGCGCACUUCGUCUCCAUCUCCACUGAAGUUUAUUUCUAUCUCGAAUACGGCCAGGAGCUCCUCUUCAAGCAGUACGAGUGGCUGAAGAAAGACCUGGAGGAAGCCAACAAGCCGGAGAACCGAGCAGUGCGUCCAUGGAUCAUCACAAUGGGACACAGACCAAUGUAUUGCUCAGAUGACGACCAGGAUGACUGCACCAAGUUUGAUUCCUAUGUCCGGCUCGGACGGAAUGACACCAAACCGCCAGCUCCCGGACUAGAGGAUCUAUUUUACCGCUACGGAGUGGAUCUGGAGUUGUGGGCACACGAGCACACGUAUGAGAGGCUCUGGCCUGUUUACGGUGACAAGGUGUGCAAUGGAAGCAAAGAGCAGCCUUAUGUGAACCCAAAAGCUCCGGUACACAUUAUCACAGGCUCUGCUGGCUGCAGAGAGAGGACUGACAGGUUCAAUCCAAACCCCAAAGACUGGAGCGCUUUCCGUAGCACAGACUACGGCUACACCCGCAUGCAACUGGUCAACGCCACCCACAUUUACUUGGAGCAGGUCUCUGAUGAUCAGUACGGCAAGGUGAUUGACAGCAUAUGGGUGGUGAAGGAUAAGCAUGGCUACUCUGCCUGGUUCUGAAGACAUACUUAAAAAAAAAUCUGCUCAGGAAAUGCACUUUAAACAUAAAACCAGCACUUUUGUUUUUCUGCAUCCCACCAAUUAUACACUGAUGAUGAAAUUGCACAUUUUUUUAUUCUUGAUCAUUCAGCCUUUCAAAUAAAGUAUUCAUUUUUAGUUCAGUAUCUUUAGACAUUUUCUAUCUAAUAAGAAGACCACGUUAUGAUUAACAUCUACACUUUAUGUAAUAAAUGGUUCCAACAUGUAUUAUGUAAUAAUGGGAUGUUUUGUAAACAGAGAAUCAUAAAUUGUUUUAAAAUUAAUUUUAAUGAAUAAAUUCUGCUUUUUUUAAUGGA